CAGUUCCCAAGUAAGGACGUUAUUUCGAUUGCGCUCGGAAAAACUCGCGAAUUGUUUUGUAUUCAUCAAAUCGUUUACCUCAAAUCAUACAAUCAAUAUUCCACCGUAACUAGAAACUGUUAAAUAGUUGCUUCGGUGUCGUAACCUGAAGGGCAGGAAUUUGAUAUUAAAAUGUCCCACACAAUACUGCUGGUGCAGCCGGGAGAACAUCCGGAAACUCGAACCUACAGUGACUACGAAAGUGUGAACGAGUGUAUGGAAGGAGUAUGUAAAAUCUACGAGGAGCAACUGAAGCGACGUAAUCCGAAUACACCGACGAUAACCUACGACAUCAGCCAGCUUUUUGACUUUGUGGAUCAGCUGAUCGACCUCAGUUGCCUCGUAUAUCAAAAGUCGACGAAUACAUACGCACCGUACAAUAAGGAAUGGAUUAAGGAAAAAAUCUACGUAUUGCUUCGGCAGGCGGCCGGAUCUACAGUACAAUAGAGAUCUCGUGUUCAUCUCGAGAUCGUUCUAGGUUACACCGUGCAUUUUAUUAUUCUCUCAUAUUUUAUCACCAAUCGAAAAUGGAUUUCUGUACAAAAUGAACUUAUAAACCCAUGUCCUCGUGACCUGCAGAACACGUUGCUUUUUCACGGAGACAGGGAAAACCGAAUGAAGUAAAAUGUAAGAUUUAUGUAAUCAACUAUUCAGAUUAACAUCAUCCCGUAAUAAAUGCGAUGUAAGAAGGUUCAAUAAACUUUUUUACUGGA